GAGCAUUUUGUGACUUAUUGAAUGACUAUGAUACCCGAUAUCAGCAUAUCAUAUGGGAUUUGCAGAUCACCAAGCUGCCCUGAAAUUCAACAUUGAUUACAAACCCUUUACUGAGCUCCACAAGCAGCACCAGGACAAGCUGGAGGACAUCACGGGCCGGUUUGAUGGCAUCAAGAUGACCCUCUCGGAGAAGGUGGAGACCUUGCGCAGCGAGUGUGACCGCCUGCGUGAUCGCGCCAAACACUGCGAAGAGGCCCUCCAGAGGGACUCUGACUUCAAAGUACAGUGCGCACUGGCCCCCUACCGCAGUCUGCCGCAGGAGAUAGAGAGUCUAAAGACUGUCCUGGAAAUGAAGAACGAGGAAAUCAACAAGCUACGCACCCACAAUAUUGAGCUGCAGAAUAAGCUUGAGGAGCUGCCCGUUGCUAGGGAACAGAUCAUCAGUCUGCGGCAGAAGAAGGAGAACUUGGAGGCCAUUAUUAGCAUGAAGACAGACCAUGAGAAAGUCCUUCAUGAGCGAUGCCCGAGUUUGAUGAAGAAGUACGACAAGGAAUCGCGAGCAAACAAGCGCCUGUCCAUGGAUUACGAGGAGCUGAUGUGGAAACUGUCCGAGUCAUUCACCGACCCUGACCUGGGAACCCUGGAGUUGUACCAGAAAAUGGGAAUGUCCCCCAACGGUGAUCUAACUUCACCCGGCCUUGGCAGAAAGUUGAGAACGCCGUCUAGUUCGGAAAGCAGUCCCUCCAAAAGUCCUGCCACCAGAAGGACUUUGUCCUUGAGUGCUGACGAUCGGGAUGAGAAAAAAAUGAAGAGACGUUCUGGAAAUUAUUUAAUAGACGAAAUGAAGCACAGGGCCACUAGUCCUCUUGCAAAGCAAAGUGUGUAAAACCCACUCACGAAGUCGUGGUCACCAGGUAGUGGUUCUCUGUCAAGUUCGCCAACGCGCUCGAAUGGUCGUAAUUGCACUGCCAUGUCCCAGUCCUGGUGUGUUGAAAUGGAAAAGGAUGAGAACCAAUCGCAAGCAGUAGUCAGCAAGAUUCCUCGGAGCAAAUCCAACACAGAUAAACAAUCGCAUGGGAAGUCAGUUUCUCCAGAAGUAAGUGAUAGAUUGAGAACUGAACAAGUUUCUAUUUUGAAAAUGGAAACGGAUAAUUCCAAUUCCAACAGCGUAAACGGCGAUGUCCAGACGUCCGUUGAGUCUGAACUUGUCACGUGCAAGAGUGGAGAAUCACCACAAAAAACAGAGCCAAAGGCUGUCCCAGAAAUAGUGCCAUUUUCGGAAAGUGACCAUGUGUUCAACGAAAAUUUCUGUGUGAUGAAUAAUAAACAUGCCAAUACUGAUUCUGAUACAAAUUACUCUACCUCUUCCAUUACUUCUGUCGACACACUUCGAUCUGAAACUCUUUCCUGCCCAUCUUCAAAACUGCCAGUAAACAUUGAAGAAGAAAAUGACACAGGAUCAGCAAGACGUAGAGGUCACACAGAAAAAACUGUAUGAUCUUUUUUGUAUUGAACAAACUUUUCGUUUAAGUAGUUACAGUGUUUGUGUUGAAAAGCAAUUACUGCAAAACCAUUUUUAUUUGUAAGCAUAAAAUGUUGCGGGGGAUUUUUCCCCAGACUCACAAUUUCGUUGCCAUGUCAAUUCUAAGAUAUCUGAUUAAAAAAACAACAACUUUGGAAUGUUUGUCGGUCAGUCAUGUGUACAAGUGUAUGUAAUGCAUGUCUAAGAUCAUUCCUAGUGGGCAGGUGGGGGGGGGGGGCGGUCACUUUGGUGUGCAGGCCUUGAAUAUCACUUGCCAAUUAACUUGUCCAUUGUUAUGAGGUGAUAGUCAAAACAUCUCUGUUUUUUACGUGCUAAUAAACUCCCCAAUUGAUAAAAUGAUAGUGAACAGAUAAGCAGGACUGAAUCAAUAUUACUGACUGUUAGUAGCGUAGAAGUCAAUUUUAAAUGGGUCUGAUUGAAUUAAUCAUGGCCAAAGUGAGGAAAUUCUUACCUCUAUCCAUGUCAAUUAUAGAAGGUUCGAAGAGUAUUGAUUUAUAAUUAAUGUUAUCAAAUUAUUUUGCUUAGUUUUCAAUUAAGCUUUAUUAUACCCCCACAAACGAAGUUUAGGGGGGUAUAUAGAAGUGAACCUGUCGGUCGGUCUGUCUGUCGGUCGGUAUUAAGUGUCCGCUCUCUAAUUCAAGUAGUUUUCAUCCGAUCUUCACCAAACUUGGUCAGAAUUUGUAUCUACAUGAUUUCUAGGCCAAGUUCGAACAUGGGCCUUGCCGGGUCAAAAACUAGGUCACGGGGUCACUUAGUGCGUUUUAAACGUUCAGCAUGUUGUCCGCUCUCUUAUUCAAGUAGUUUUCAUCCGAUCUUCAACAAACUUGGUCAGAAGUUGUAUCUAGAUGAUCUUAAGGCCAAGUUCAAACAUGGGCCUUGCCGGGUCAAAAACUUGGUUACGGGGUCACUUAGUGCUUUUUAAACAUCACAAUGUUGUCCGCUCUCUAAUUCAAGUAGCUUUCAUCCAAUCUUCACCAAACUUGGUCAGAAGUUGUAUCUAGAUGAUGACUAGGUCAAGUUUGAAUAUGGGUCAUGCCGGGUCAAAAACUGGGUCACGGGGUAUCUUAGUGCGUUUUAAACCUCACCAUGUUGUCCGCUCUCUAAUUCAAGUAGUUUUCAUCCAAUCCUCACCAAACUUGGUCACAAGUUUUAUCUAAAUGAUCUCUAUGACACAUUUGAACAUGGGCCAUUCCGGGCCUAAAACUAGGUCACGGGGUCACCAAGUGCGUUUUUUAACAUUCAGCAUGGUGUCCGCUCUCUAAUUCAAGUAGUUUACAUCCGAUCUUCACCAAACUUGGUCAGAAGUUUUAUGGAGAUGAUCUAAAGGCCAAGUUAGAACAUGGGCCUUUCUGGGUCAAAAACUAGGUCAAGGGGUCACUAAGUGCGUUUUAAAAAUUGAGCAUGGUGUCCGCUGUUUUUUUGUGAAGGCGACAUGCAAAAUAUUAUGUGUCAAUGCGGCAUGUGGAGGUAUUUGUCACGUCUGUGACAAAGCUCUAGUUUCAGAUGAAUGAAUGCAUAAAACUGUUUCAUUCAGGUGAUUAUCACACAUUGUCAUCUUACAAUUGCAUAUUUGUCUCCUGCUGCUGAAACCGGAGGGGAAUUAUGGUGUGCGCUCUGUCUUUCUGUCAGUCAGACACACUUUUCUGGAUCCUGCGAUAACUUUAAGUUAUUCAUAUUUUUUCAUGAAACUUGUAACCUGGAUAGAGAUUAUGCACAUCAUUUCAUUUUGUUCCUACGUCAAGAAUUAUGGUUGCUAUGGCAACAAAUAUAUAUAAAAAAAAAUAUAUAAAAUUUUUACUGACAAUGGGGAGUUUCACUGGUAGGGGACAAUAUUGCUUGGCAAUCGCUUGUUUGUUUUUGUUUCCCUGUGAUUAUAAUACAUUAGGAAGUUGAACCUCCACAUUUUUAGCUCGGCUGUUUUCGGAGAAAACCCGAGGUAUUGUCUUAGCCAGCUCGUCGUCCGCGUCAUGCUAAAACCUUAACAUUUUGUUGAACAUUGGCUCUCAAAUCAAAGUGCUUCAACCUACAAUUUUAAAACUUUAUAUGUAGCUGCACCUUGAUUAGUUCUACAUGCCACACCUAUUUUUGGGUCACUAGGGCAAAGGUCAAGGUCACUGUGACCUCUAAAAAAAAUCUGAAAAGCUUUAAUUUAUUCAAAACUGCACCCGCAGCCAAGCGUGGCACCCGUUCUGCGGUGCUCUUGUUUUAUUUGGCUUCAUAACUUAUUAUUGAUUGUCAGCAUAACUACUGACCAGACUGCAGGAGUGUGCAGGCAUGUUCACAUGAUACCCCUCAUAUAACCUUUGAUUACUUAUCAAACUUAGAUGUUCAUGAUGAUUGGUGAUUUUUUUGAUUUUUUUCCAUAUAUGCACAAACAAUUACUUUAAUAUUUAUUCUAGCACAUACUCCCAAUCACCAAAGUGAAGUGUUUUUAUGUCUUCCACCACUAUAGUGGGGGACAUAUUGUUUUUGCCCUGUCCGUUGGUUUGUUUGUGUGUUUGCGUCAAACUUUAACAUUUGCUAUAACUUUUGCAAUAUUGAAGAUAGCAACUUGAUAUUUGGCAUGCAUGUGUAUCUCAUGGAGGUGCACAUUUUGAGUGGUGAAAGGGCAAGGUCAUCCUUCAAGGUCAAAGGUCAAAUAUAUGGGGACAAAGUGUUUCACAAACACAUCGCUUGUUUUAUAAUACAUCACAGACCCAAAUUAUAUUCAAAGUUUAGAUAUGGGACCUGCAAAUUGCUUUAUGUCAUUAGAUAAUGUUCAAAAUAUAUAUAUCAAUCAUAAGUAGUGCCCCCCCCCCCCCCCAACAAAAAAAGAGUAUGAUUUACAAUUUUGAAGUUACGACAAGUCCCAUCUACAUUAGAUUCACAGAAACUUGUAGUUAAAAGUUGUAGCCGGCAAAAAUCCCUGCUUGAUACUUGUUCUGGAGGAGUUAACAUGAAAAAUUAUUCAAAUUGUCAUUUUCAAUGGGACCAAUAUGUAAAUUGUGUUAUUUCUCUUUAAUAUAUGUAUUAAUAUGUAUGUGGCAUGUUUCAUUAUUGUUGAAAUAUAUAUUGUACCUAACAGAUGUAAUUAAGGUUAAAAUUCCUGUGAUGUUUAUAGGUUUGUUUUAGUCGAGCGGUAAGUGUGAGUUUACUUUACAAAACUUUAUGAAUUACCUGGAAAACUGUGUAUAAGGAUAACAGGUCUAGGAUACAAGUGUCUACAGUCAUUUGUUAAGUUAUUUGCCACUUUGAUUUAAAUAUAAACAAGUGGGAAUUGAAAUCCUAACAUCAUUUUGUAUUAAAUCCUGUUUAUGAAAAUCUUCUAUUUCUAUUGUUAAAUAUUUGUUAUGCGUAGUUAACUAUAAUAGAUGGUUUGGUAUUUCAUGUGAAUGUUUCAUCUGUGCUGUCAGUGUCUGGAUUGAAUAUGCCUUAAUUAUUCACAUCCAUGAGUGCUUUUGUGUUCCAGUCAAUUGUGCAUUUUGAUUUAUGAUCUUUGUUGUUUCAAACUACAAAUUGAAUAUGGUUAUACAAUUUCUAGUUUAAAUUAUUUAUAUUUUGAAGUUUGUGAUCGAUGGCAUUUGUAUUGUUUAACUUGAAAAUGUAUUUAAAUGCCCUGUAAAAUACUAUAUAUAUGCAAAUGAGUGUGUUCAGUUAUUUUCCAUCGUAAUUGUACCUGUAAAUAUUUAAUGAAGGAAUAUUAGUUGGAACUGCC